AUGUGUAACACCAGAUCGAAAGCUGUUACAACCUCCUCUGUAGCCCAUCUGACCGACACAUCGCCCAAGAAGUCCACCCGUUCCAAACACAGAGUGUCCAUGGAGUCGACCAAUACCAUUUCCGUUCGUAAUCGUAAACGGGUUAACAUCAAUCGUCGUCCUGCCUCUCGACCGGUCUCCUCAACAAACAAAAACUUUGAGGAAGAGGAUGAUGAAGAAGAUUCGGAAUCUGAGGAAGAUGAAGGUGAAGAUUUAGAUGAAGAAGAUGAAGAAGAGGAAGAUGAUGAGAGCAAUUCAGAGGAGAUAUUCAAUCGGCUGGCCACUUGCAUCAAUACCACUCGACAAGGAGGUCCACUCAACCAAAACAACGACCCUUCUCCCUCUGAAGACGAUGUUGAUGAGACUAAUUUACCUAGCAUCAAAGAAUACAAGAAUGAACUUGAUCAUUGGCCACCUGCUCGAAUUGCAGUGGUAGCUUGUGCUCAGAAGAAAAAAGGAACAGCCAUUCCACCACUUAUUCUGACUGAAGCCAAAGCGAUUCGCAAGAUUUACAAACAUCAGAAAGCGAUGUUGAGUAUUAUGGGAAAUAUUAUCACUAACAUCGAACUUGUUCACAGAGGUGAGCUUGGAGGCCGCCGAAAACCAGGAUGCUAUCAAAUUUGGUUAAAGUAUAGCUUAGAAAGACAAAAACAUAGGAUGCCACUGAAAGGAGGUCAGAAAGGUAUAUUGGCAAGCCGCAAUCGAAAGCUUGGAAAGAUCUGGAAAGCUUUACCGGAUGAGCACCAAGAGGUUUUUCAUCCUUCGGUUUUUUACACUCUAUCCGGCCUGAGUCCACCUUCCAGUGAUUCCGAUCUUGAUGAAGAUGAUGAUGAUACCGAAUCAAAUAAACCAAUACAUCGAAUAGAUCUUGAGCCGGCGCACCGUGAGGAAUUGCAAGCUCUGUAUGAUCAAUUAGUUUGUAAGCACAAGGUCGCUAAAGAGUAUGCCAAAGUGGCCGCCGGAAUUGGACAAGGUCCAAGCCUCCCAGAUUACAAUAGACAAUCUCUGAAGUCUAUCGAACGAAUUCACACUCAGAUUGAAAACGAAGCAUACAACAUGGACUUUUCGUAUUAUCUCCUCGCUUGCAGCACUCAUGCAUCUACUGAGGCUUCCUCAGCUUUACCCGGUUGGUGUAGGGAGUUUACGUCGCAUGAGGAGAUGGCGUUAUAUGUGAAUACCAAGAGUAACUUUGCCAGAGUGUUUGCAGCCCGUGCUCAAGGGCUGUCUGUGGCUGAAGUAGUAGCCCAAACUAUUGGAGCCAAUGUGAUGACAAAUACCAAAAACGCACGAAAAACCGAUCCUGGGGAUGUUGUCAAGGCUGAUUUGGCCGCAUUAUUGCGAUCCCAAUUUUCUGCUUUGAUUGGAAAAGAACAAGGAUUUCCUCGUGCUGCUGACCCAGUAUCUAUACUACGCGAUGACUAUAAUCUCAAGAUUAUACAAAUCCCGGGUUCAAAACUUCCUAGCUCAGUCUUGAAGCUAGGAUUCAAUAAAAUGAAUAGUCGACGAAGUAUUUGGCUUGAAGAUUUAAUGGCUAACAAGUUUAAGAUGGAAAAGAUCAACACGACACCUGAAGAAGACAUCCAAGCUGAUGAGCCUGGCGGUGAAGGAGAAGAUCAAGUUACAAUGACCCAGGAUAAUCAUGAAAAUGCGGAUGUGAUGGGGGAUAAUUUUGAAGAUGAUAUGGAGGAUCUAGAAGAGGAAGAAGAGGAAGAGUGGAAUGGUUUUGGAGAUGAGGAUGAUUCUGAAUAA